AUGAUUGUUACCAAAAAGAGCCGCCGUAAUUAUCGGGAUAACAAUCGGAAUUGGAAGGAGGAGAAUGACGUUGGAAAAUCUUCUCAAGGCAAUGGAGGAAAGUUGGGCAAGAACGGAUCAAAAGGAAAGGAAAGUGUGGGACGCUCACCUUCUCCUCAAAUCUUGGUAGGCCAACAGACAUCUACUCCUGAUGCUAAAUUUGUGGCAGCAGAGAAGAGGAAGGAGGAAAUAAAGAAAGGUAAGGAAAAGCUAGGCUCACCCCCAUCUUCUUCGGGCAAAGGCCUUUUGGGCCCAGGUCUUGCUCCAACCUUGGCAACCGGGCUCAAGCCCAAUAAUGGGCUAUUGAAAGCCUCUUCCUCCUCUGCUCCUUUCGAGUUGCCCAGAGAAAGGCAAUCUGAGCCUCCAAAGACUGAGCGUUCAGCCCACAUAGCCAUCCCUCAAGCUCUUUCCUCUCUUCCUGUGCAAACUACAAUUGGGCCCAAUGGUACGAACAUUCAGCUCGUCACCAUCCAGCAACCCUCCUUCAAGCCAAAAUCACAAAUAGCCACCUCCCCGACGCCGACAACCCAGGGAAAACAAAAAGGCAGUAAGAGUUCCAAAUCCCGCUCCCGCAAAUUAUCUCCGAUCAAGAACAAUCAUCUUAAGCCGCUUCAAAUUUGGUCCCCAAUGAAAGAAAAGAAAAGCAAAGCUAAAUCUCGAUUAGCAACUCUUACCCUUCAAGACAUUCACGCCUGGACUAAGGGGGGAAAGGAAGUUCCGACCGCCGAAAGCAUGGAGGAACAGACAUCAGCCGAUGAUUGCGCAAAGUCUCAAUCUCUAGAGGCCAAGUCAGCAAUCAUCCUCGUCUAA